UGCGCGGGCUCUUAUGGCAGGCUGUCGUUCAGCGGCUGUCGGAUCACAGAAUUAUUAAUAAAAAGGAAUAUUCGUGUUUCACGUCUUUUGGAGAACCACAAACAUGUCGAAGCGAGAGGCUUUUCUGGAGUCCUGCUGUACGGAGAAUGUGGACGAGUUCCUCCGCUUUAUUCAGCUUCAUAGGAACAAGACGGAGCCCUUCGAUGUGGAGGAAGUUCUGCAGGAGAUGAACAGAGACCAGAGGCAGACGCUGUGGGGGAAACUGUCCUCUCUUCUUCAGGACGUUCUGCAGGAGGGGAGGAGAGAGGAAGGGAGGGAGGAAAGGAGAGAGGAGGGAAGGGAGGAGGCCAUGGAGGUGGCCAUGGAGGUGGAGGCAGCUGCAGACCCCAAUCAUGUGAGGUCUGUAGUGGGCGGUGUUACUCUGGUGGCUGCUGAGUCCCUAAAGGUUCUGCAGGACGGAGAAACCUACAGUUCUCUUCUGGAAAUCAUCCACAGGCUGCAUGAUAUGUUGGAGCUGCAGCCGGUCUCUGAAGCUCCGCUGCAGGUCCAGAUCCUCAGACUGUGUGACGCCUGGUGGAAGAAAGAUCUGAAGGAGAAGGAAACGUUCGGUCGCAGCGCUAUGAUCAUCGCUCUGACGAAAAGCUUAGAUCUGAAGAAGCCGGGUACAGAGAUCCAGAGAGUGUGUAGUCUCCGGGAGGUUCUCCUGGGUCUGGAUUACACGUCAGAAGACAACAAGCAGGUGAUGGAUCUGUUGCUGAAGUGCUUCCAGCACCCGGCUUUCCUCCGGAACGACGACGGAAAACGCUUCCUGGUGUUUCUCUUCAGCUGGAACAUCAACUUAAUCUCGGUCAUCCACGGCACCAUCAAGAACCAGCUGGAGUUCUUGAGCAUGGUGGUAACGGCUCAUAUCGCUGAGAUCUACUUCAGAGCGUGGAAGAAAGCCGGCGGUGAUUUCCUGGAGAAGAUGGAGAGCUCCUGCGUUCAGGAUUUAAUGCAGAACGCCAUCUUACUCCACAGAUCCUCUCCUGUCUACGGCAAAGUCCGAAAGAUCGUGAGCUACUUCCACUCGAGGAAAGGCCGUCCCAAAGUGGACAAGAUGCUCUCCAAUCUCUACAAGCCCAUUCUGUGGAAAGCUCUCAGUGCGCCAAACUUCGAGGUGCGAGCGAACGCCACGUUGCUUUUCACCGAAGCUUUCCCGGUGCUUGACAUGGAAAGUGGCAACAAGACGAGCACAGACGAGGCCAUUCAGAAGCAGCUGGACACGGUCAUGGUGCUCCUGGAUGAUCCUCACCCCACAGUUCGCUCCAACGCCAUCUUAGGAGUGUGUAAGAUCCUGGCUAAAUACUGGGAGCUGCUUCCUGCCGCCAUUAUCACCGACUUCCUGAAGAAGCUUGUGAUGGAGCUGGCGUUCGAUUCGAGCUCUCCUGACGUCCGCUGCUCCGUCUUCAAGUGUCUCAUCAUCGUGCUGGACAACAGCCUCAGCCAUCCCAUCCUGGAGAAGCUGCUCCCGACUCUGAAAUACAGUUUGCACGACAACUCGGAGAAAGUCCGCAUCGCUUUCCUCGACAUGCUCAUUAAAGUGAAGGCUGUGCGAGCUGCUAAGUUCUGGUCCGUGUGCAGCAUGGAUCAUCUUCUCGCUCGCCUCGCCAUUGCCUCGUUCUCCGCGUCGAAGCGCAUCGUGGAUCUACUUUUCAAGUCCUUCUUCCCCGUGAACGAGUCGGAUAAGGAGUGGUGCGGCCGCUGCAUCACACUCAUCCAGAUGAACCCCGCCGCCGCCAGGAAGUUCUACACACACACACACAAACACACCGCGCCCACCAACAUCAUAAAGCUGAUGUUGGCGAUUCGCCGCAUUCUGAACUCUUGCAUCCAGACCCAAGGCGACCUGUCUGAGAUCAACGACAGCAACAAGGAGAACAGCGCACAGGCGGAGCCUCUGUUGGGGAAGGACAGGGCCGUGGUGUCCGGCCUGCUGGAGGUUGUGGUGAUUCUGUGGAGGAGUGUGGAGAAAAACCUGAAACAAAACCAAGAGGCGAAGAAAUACACAUUCGCCAAGUUUGGAAAUGUCAUCUCUAAGUAUUUCCACGCCUUUGAUGAUGAACGAUGCACCGUUCCUCUCAUCCAAAUGGCCUCUUUAAUGCCUCCUGCUGCAGUGCCAACAUUCAGCUGUGGCGUUUUAUCCAGAUUGAGGAAGAUGGAGUCUGGAGUGACGAGUGCAAACUUCAGCCAGCUGUUAGACUGCAUGUGCGGCUGGGGCCAGGCUGCAGACGUCCUUGAACUCGUCACCAAUUGGCUCUCUGAGGCCCUGCCACAACAACCGGACAAGGGGAACGUGAAGAGGAAGAAGGUUCAGAUCAUGGAAAAGAUCGAGAGUAAACCGGAUCUGGCGCUCGAUUAUCUGGAAUAUCUUUUCACUCACUCUUCAACUCGAGAGAAAGUUCUGGAUCUGGAUCAGAGAAAACUGACGCAGCUUCACACAGUGCUGGAGAACUGGAGGUCGGUGCUCUUUUCUCACCUCAGCUCUACAGCAAACGAUAAAAGUCCCAGCGUGGAAAUCGCUCUCAAAGUCUUCACGUACCACGGCCGACUCGGAGCACAUCUGCAGCAAAAAUCCCCAGACGGUCGAGAAUACCUGUUGUCUCUGGAAAAUGUUGCAGCCUGGAUCGCUGAGGAGGUGCUACCCUUCCUCACUAUACCCAACACAGAUGGUGAUGAAGAGGAGCAGGAGGAAGAAGGGGGGAAAUCUCCACUGCUGGCAGCACAGAUUACUGAGAGCUUCCUGACGUUGUGCCGGGACGUUUUACUCGUGGGUUUGGGCGACGAGAUGUUCAAAGGUCUAAUCCUCCACUUGUGCUCGCUCACCCUCCUCUCUGAGGCGGGUUACCUGUGCAUUCCUGCAGUGCUUCUGAUUCUAAAGGAGAUUGCAGACAGCUACUCACCUGAAGACAAGCAACAGGAAGAGGAGGGGGGGAAAGAGGAAGAUGCCACCGCUGUGAUUCUGGGUGUCGUGGCCAACAUCUUCCAGAAAAUCAUCGAGCUGCUGUCUCGUCGAGUCAGGAAGGAACCAGAGGAGGGGAGACAGUUGUGUCAGUCAGCGAUCCCCGGCCUCAGUAACUUCCUCCAGGUCGCUCAAACGUGGGACAAACCCCCCCUCAGCGGCGUCUUCUCCACUCUGUUCGCCGUCAUCAUCGUGGAGAAAAGACAUCUGCUGCAGAAGGUCACCCUUCCUGAGGAGGUGGUCACUCCGGAGUCAGUGGAGGACAUGCCUCCUCUGUCCAGCGCCCUGCUGUCCGUCAUCCUCAAAUUACCGUCACUCACCAGGUCAUUUUUGGCCGAAGUCAGCUCCUCUUUUGAGUCUGAGGCCGUCUUCAGCAGUCUGAGCGAACUGGCUGCUGUUCUGCACAUCUUAUCCAUCAUCAGACACACCGGUCAGUGUAAAGCCAGUCUGAAGAUGGCCACCUCUUCUGUGCAGCAGCAGCUUCACUCGCACGCCGUCACGUCCACAGACAUCCAGAGGGUUAUCUAUGAAUCUUCUGUGAAGACCUUGAAUGAGAUCCUGGAUUUAUAAAUGGAUGUAUUUGAAAUGUAAUCCCUGCUUCAGGUUUGUAUUUGUGGAAGCGUGUAAUCAGAAAAAGAGACGUCUCACGAGACCUUUGUAUAUUUAUCUCUCGCUGGCACUUUUCACAUCUUUGAUCAUGUUAGAAAUAUGGUGUAAUCUUCUGAAAGCUUGCUCUCUUUGCUCCAAAACCAUUUUAUUAUGAUAUACAUAUAUUUUUCUCAUGUUACACUUCCUGUUUUCUGUCAGCUGUCACUUCUGAUCAGAAUAAAACUCAAAGUAUUGUUCAACGAUA